AUGGGAUGUUCCUUUUACUUGUCUGGCAUUUCUCUUUCCCACCUGCAGCGCAAAAGUAAAUAAAAAUUUUAAAAAUGCCUAGAUCAGCUUUCAUAAAGGUAGCCGUGUUAGCCUGUGGCUUCUGGAACCUGAAACUACAGAUACAAACGUUGGACUGCAACUCCCAUCAUUCCUGAUCAUUGAGAGUUCAGCAACAUGUGGAGGGCUACAGAUUGUUGUGAUUGUUGCUGUUUAGUCGUUUAGUCGUGUCCGACUCUUCGUGACCCCAGAUCACCCUGCCUCAAAGACUUAAAACCAAUCUUUUUACGGUGCCUCUUUGUUAUUGUCGAAUCAGAGGGGAACUACAGGGGGCGCUACUUCAGCCUUUCUCUCCCCUCCCUCUCUCUAUGGUUUUCCGUGCGCGUCCACUUCGGAGACCGGAAACCGGCGUCUGUGACCGAAAGGAAGUGGUUUGGGGCGGAGAGGGGGGGCGGUUGUCCCGGCUGGAACCGUGAGGGGCCUGAGAAGCUACUCGGCGAAUAUCUUUCGGGCGCUGGCAGGGCAGAGGUGAGCGGGGACGGGGGAGCGCCAGCGGGUGGGGCCGACCGGCAAACCCCUUCCUUCCCUUUCCGCGGGUUGUGACUGCCGUCGGGGACCCUUUUCCUCCCGUCCUGUUGACUUUGGGAAGAGGCCGGGUGAAAAGCAGAUCCCGUUGCGACCGAGGCGCCGCUGAGCCUGAGGAACCGAACGCGUUCGCCGGGCGGCGCUUUUCUAUCCUCUCUCAGCUGCCCUGCCGCGCAGAGCUGCGCCGUCCUCGCCUCACUUCGUCCUCUCCCUUUUCUCCACCCCGACUCGCCCCCCGAAAACUCUUCCGUUUGCCUCAGACUCUUCCCCCGCCACCGCCGCCCCAUAUACGAAACAGACGGCCCACUUCUGUCGAAAGAGCCCAGGGCCACCUCAGUCCCACCGCCUUGAGGAGGAACCCAAAGCUACAUCCACAUCACAGUCUCCAUGCGGCCUGCGCUUUUUUCAUUCCACAUGAUCUCGCGUCUGGAUUUUCCUCUCACUGUCGCGCUUCUUUUUCCUCAUCAGUUAAAACCCGAGUGUACCCAGAUUUCAGUGUUGCUUGGCUUCUAACCCUUCUUUUCCUAAAACCGCCGGGUAGGGGGAUCUUCACGUCCCAAGUCUCGGAAAGCAGUCUUUCAGUGUAUUGUUUAGGCAUGGAGUGAGUGAUCUGAAAUCAGCCUUUAUUUAUGCAGUGAACCCCCCUGUUUUUUAGCCUCGGUUCCCAAGUGGCUCUUGCUGGUAUUUUAAAACAGCUUAUGCCACAAAACAACCUGAAUUAAAAUACAGAACUUGAGUUAUUUCCACCCCGCCUAGCAAAACAAAGCAGUUUUUUCUUGUUGCUUUAAAAAUCGGUUAACGGAGGGACCAGGUGAAUAGGCGGAGAAACAGAGUUUCUUGACCAAUGUGUAACCACUAGAAAGGACCGGUGUCUGAUAUCCAUCUUUAUUGUUCAAGGUGGGGAUAUCAAGAGCCAGGCCCAUGGCCUAGUAAAUGAGAGGAGCUCACUUCAUGACUUUAACUGUUCUGGUUCAAAGCUCCUCUGAUGUAGCACCUGCUGCAUGUAUUCUAAAGGUCACAAUAUAAGUAGAUCUUAAUCAUUUUCUUUCAGAAAUUCCAGAACUUCCUCUUUUCAUAUGAUUAAUCUUAAUGGUGUUUGUGUAUUAAUGGGCAUAAUUUUCAUUGCGUUGCCAUAAAAAUAAUGAAUCACACAAUUAGCCAUAUUCCAGUUCAUUGUUUGUGGGUGAAUUAAUCGGCAAAUCAAAACAAAACUUCUUUCAGAUGCGCUUGAGAAUACAUUGAGUUAAAAUUAUUAUUUUUUGUACCAGGUAGUGGGGGCAGUUUUUACAGGAGACAUACAUAUAGGAGCAGUCCUAUACACAAUAAACUGGUGAAUGGUAAACCCAGCUUAAAUUAAACCUGCAUAAAUUACACCAGAUCCAAUAUUCAUUCAGAAACGGCUACUGCUGGCUGAGCUGGCCUAAGCCUGACAGAGGGAGAAUAAGCUUUUAAAAUAUUGCUUGAGGUAAAGUUCCCAUUUUGCUAGCUUAACUUACAAUGGGUUGUCAGGUCACAUGAAUAAGCCCAAAUCCUCCCUCUCUGGUCCUCCCACCACCACACCCCUGGAAUACCCCAUUCUCAGGGCUUAUGCUAUUUUAAGAUCUGCAAGGGAAGCUCAGUUGCUGGGUUCCAGCUGGGAAGUGGAGAUAUGCCAGUGUAGCUCUGAAUGACCCAAGGAUGGGGGAGUUAAGGUGGCAUAGCCUUACUGUCCUAGCAACCUCCAGGGUCAGUCGGAGAUCUGCCUGAUCAUAAUGCCACUCAUCCUUGCAGAUCUUGCUAUGGGGUAGGGUUGUUCCCAUAAUCUUCAGUGGCCCAAAUAUUAUUUUCAGUUACAAAUUUGAUCAAAUUCCAGUUCUUAUUUAGUUUGUUUCUAAAUUUCAUUUCAGUUGAUAUUCAUUAUAGCAUGUAGACAGAAUAUUAAUCAGUCUGCUUGUAUGCUGAUUAUUCAAAGAGACCUUCAUAUGCUUCCCUGCCCCAUGAUAAAUUCAGCAGAGCUACUCUUAGAAAAUCUGCUGCCUAAGUGUUAAAUAGCUGUUGGUAUCCAGCAACCUUUUGAAUAACUACAAUAUAAAGCUUGUACCAGGAGAUCUGCUUGCAGUGCAUUUGUUGGGUGGGGAAUUGGUAGGCUGAAUACAAGAACGUUAGCAGAUACACAGUGUGGGAAAGUAGCAGAUAACAGAUUCUUAUAUCUGGAAAACUAUGCAAAAAGCUUGGUGGAUGUUAUGCUGCUUACAACAUACAGAUGGUUUAUAUUCUAAAGGUCAAAACUUCUCUUUCUGUUGUCUUUUAUCACUGUCAACAAAAUUAAAGAAGUCAUUGUCUUAUAUCUUUGAUGCUCUUCCAUAAAAUAGUUGGCAGAACAAUUAAAUAUCUUUUUAGAAAUGUGGUAAUGGGACCUUUUAUUGAGCUGUGAUAAAUCAUGGGGCACACCUAAUCCUUUAUAAAGUAGACAGGAAACAAAAGGGGCUUCUCAUAAGUUUUUGGAGUGACAUGAUAUAGCAACCAUUAAUUACAUCAUCCAUGAAAACUUUCAGGCUUGUGCUGGUUGUAAAUAACCUUCCCUCUUCUGCUCUGUUAUUUCUUCCCCAGAACUUGCAUAAGUUGUCAGAUAUUAUUCCUUUGCAAUAAUGGAUUUUUUUUUUUUUUUCAAAACUUGGGUGUAACCAAGUAUGGUGUUGAUCACUGGUGGGUGUGAAAUCUGCAGUAGCCAUUAUGUUAGCUAAGAACUCCAUUGAGACUGGGAAGAGACAUUAUAGGAGUGGCAUGACUAGGCAAGAAAGUGGCCAAGACCCAAAGUUUCAUUAAUGUAGAAGGGUAGGUCAUUCAGUUUUAAGUGUUUUUUUGAUGGUGGUGUGUUCUCUCUUUGGCUGAUUUGUGAUAUGAGAUGGUAGUGAAACAGUUUUGUGUGUUUGUGUUGCAUUUUUCUUCCCUGCACCCCCAAUGCUGGGGGAUCAUCCAUAAUUUUUUGGGGGGGGGGAGGGGAAGUUCCACUGUGUGAGCCAAAGUCCACUUGUGCAACAGUGAAUUUUGUUGUUUUGAUUAACUUGUAUUCUUAAAUAGUGAAGGAAGUGACUAUAAAGGUGAUUCCAGUCCCUAUCUGUGCCCAUUGUGGUUGUCCCUUCUUUCAUUGUUUCUUCCCUUGCACCCUGAAAGAGUGCUUACCGGCUCAUAGGAAGUAUAACUUGUCUCAAUGAAAUAAUGUUUAUUGCUACUUCUCAGCAAAAAUAAACCCCAAAGCACCUAAAUAAUAUAAUUUAAUAAACCAUUCAAAAUGAAAACACAUUUUACUGUUUGUUUGUGUGUUUGUUUGUUUGUUUGUUUGUUAUAGUACUAAAUUUGUAUUAUGAAAAAGUCCAUCUGUCUAUAGAAGCUAAGUAGAAUAAAAGGCAUCCACCUACCUACAAAAGCAAAGGAUAAAUCAGUCCUGUUGGACAAUAGAAAACUUUUAAUUACAUAUCAUAUGUGGAAGUUUUCAGUGUUUAAUGUUGUAUUAUGUUUUUACUGUUGUAUUAUGUUUUUACUAUUUUUGCUGGGAGCCUCCCAGAGUGACUGGGGCAACCCAAUCAGAUGGGUAGUAUAUACAUAUACAUGCACACAUAUUAUUAUUAUUAUUAUUAUUAUUAUUAUUAUUGGAACUGGAUCUCCCAAAUGAACUUAAGGGAGUGGUUAUUUCUUGGAGGGCCAGUGCCUUGAAAAUUGACCUUGAGACUAUAUUGAGGACCAAUAUUUUGAGUUGAGCCUGGCAACUUGUAUCCAGUGAAGACCCUUAUAUGCUCUCUUGGCUUUCCGUGGCCAACAUCUGGGUAGCCUUAUUCUGGGCCACUGGAAAUUUCCUAACUCUUUUCAAGCAAAGCUCCACAUAAAUCACAUCACAGUAAUCUAGUCAUGAAGUUAAAAAGGUAUGUAUGAAUAAUUCAGAUAACUUACCUCUUUUGGGGUGAGAAUCUGGUUCAAGCAGGACCUGAGGAAAAAGUAGUUCCAAUAAGCCAAAAAAAAAUACUUUGGUAGAAAGCCAUUGUUAGGCAUGUAUUCAGACAGUGCCCCAAAGUUAACCUAUCUAAUUGGAUCUGAGAUCUGAAUUGGAGUCUUGUGGCCAAAAAAACACCCAGAUGAGAUUAUGAGGUUAUUCCUGGAAAUUGUCAUGGGAUUGGUUAGUCAAUAAGAAGUUUUGGGUGACCUUGAUCUCAUACUGGUUGGUACUGAUUAAUGAAAACACUGGUCUACAUGUGAUGUGGUAAUGUGGCACAGUAAACAUAGCUGAGCCAUGUUUUUAUUUAACUUUAAUAUCAGUUAUAGAAAGGACUGCCGUUUAUGACCUUUUACAUUGCCACCAAUCCACGUAUUUUGCUUUUAGCAAUGAACUUAAAUGUAUAUGUACUUUUCUGUUUGUUUUCAGAUAUUAUUGCAAAGGCUCUAG